AUGGCUCCGGCCGAGAUCUCCCCAUCUGCGUCCAACACCAGCCAGGACCAGCCAUUGUCAUUCUCUUCUUCGUUUCAGCUUGACGGCUCGUUUCCUUUGACAAGUGUAAAUGCCAAUGCAGCAGCCGCUGCCGACACUGGGCAGGACAUGAGGCCGAGAAACCUCAGCUCUACGGAAUAUUCACAAAAGCAGCUCAUGGGGAAGUUUUCAGUGCAUGAUGGCACAAUGAACGCUCAGCAACACAACGCGGAUCAGGUCCCCGGCGAGUACAUGCUUAGUCCUCGUCCCAGCCAAGCUUUGGACAUGGGCAUGGAGCCUAGUGUCGAUGUCGAUUGCAACUUUAUGCAGCCUCAAGCCUUUGAUAUCGACUUUCUCCCCAAUGAAACAGACAUGAUCAGCGACUAUCUUAUGGGAGUGUUCCCCCAAAUGGACUACCAGGAUGCAAUGAUGCAUGAUCUGUCAGAUAGUUAUGGUGGCGGCACCGACUCACUAACAGGGGCAGCACGUAGCUCCAAUCACGCCGACUCUCCAGCUCUGGUGCAAAGUACUGGCCCAAGCAACCAGUCUCAAGCCUCUGUCGAUCAACCUCGUGCUAUUGAGACAGAGAGGGACGAAAUAACUGCAUCACGUCGCGUGUCGACGAAGACCGGCGGAUCGCUAGAUGCAAUUGAUGAUAUCGUGCCAACUAAUCCUUGGGCCAUUUCCUCGGCUGCUUACGAGAAGCUCACCCUCAUAGUUUCCAUGCACGAACAUGUUUUGCCAAAACCUUUCAUCCUUCCGAGUCGACAACGGUUAUCGACGUUUGUUGCAAGUUGGAUUCGUGGCUUUCAUCCUCAUCUACCUUUUAUCCAUCUACCGACCACUAAUUUGGAUUCCAUGUCGCCAAUGCUACUAUUGACGCUUGCAGCUACCGGCUCAUUCUAUGGCUUUGAGCAUACAUAUGGUUAUGCCAUGUACUUCAUUGCGAAAUCUGUCAUCAAUGAAGAGCUCGAGGAGCGACGUCGACUCUCUACUUUGCAAAUGCUUCAAGCGUUUCCACCAUACGCGGAGCUCCGCACCAACUCUUCACAGCGGCCUGCAAGUCACUAUUCAGCAUCUUCCACGCCCGUCGACACGGAGCUACUCCAAGCCCUGCUAGUACUCGUCCUCACCAUGUCAUGGCUCGACGGGCCACUCGCCCAGGACGCACUGGCAAUAAGCAGCCAACUUACCGCACUCACUCGUGAGGCCUUGAGAGGUCAGCCUGCUGAGACCGUAAAGCAUAACUGGGUGGAUUGGGCUCGUGAAGAAGAAAGGCGGCGGACGAUACUCUCCGCCUAUUUUGUGCUCAAUAUCCAGACCAUUUGCUUCAACGUGCCGCCUCAAAUCGCCAACUCGGAGAUUAACUUGGCACUCCCAUGCUCUGAAGCUGAGUUCAAGGCACCAAAUUCAGAGUCAUGGCGCCAUCUGCAACAGAAGCAUCGCCUCCUGCAACCCCAAUUCCAGCACUGCCUCAAACAAAUUCUAUCUGGAAAGCCACUAGCAAACCAAGAAUCGGUGACGGAAUUUGGAAACUAUAUGCUAGUUCAGGCCCUGUUGAUGCACAUAUACUUUGAACGUCAGGCGGCAUCCGGACUCUUAGACUCCCCGUCGAACUUUUCGACUGACACCAUAACACUAUAUGAUACAGCUCUGGGCGCGUGGCAAUCAUGCUGGGAUACAGCCAUUGAGUCCGCUCUCGACCCAUCAACAUCCCCUCACGGUCCAUUGGCAUUCAAUUCGACCGCGAUUCUUCGCCUAGCUCACAUCCAUCUUGGAGCCGCUGUGCAAUCUCAAACUGCCCUGCUCACACGAGAUCCCAGAAUGAUUGCACAGGCAUUUGAACCACAACAAAAUCCUAUCCCCCUUCGUUCCUCUCACCUGGACCAGGCUGUCCUACAUGCCAUUUGCGCGCUGAGAAUUCCGGUAAGAGUGGGGAUAGCAUUUGUUGCUCGGGGUCGAACAGGCCACUGGAGCGUUCAACACGCCAUCAGUAAUUUUGCUUGCGCUCUGCUCCUCACCCAUUGGCUCGAAAACAUCUUUUGUCUUGUCUCGUCUGAUGGACUGGAUGCACUGCGGUCUGAAGAGAAGCGUCUUCUCUCCACAAUUGAUCGGCUUAUUGAGGAAACUCAUUUGGAGGGUUCUCUAGGCCCCAAAGAUCGCUACCCCAGCCGUAUACGGCGGCUAGCUGUCGCUGCCGUAAAAUUGUGGGCGGAAACAUGCACAGGUAUUCAAGUUUUCGAGAUUGUUCAUGUCAUUGGAGAAACACUUUCUCUUGUGGCCGAAUCGAUAGAAGGCCGCCUGUAA